AUGGCGCUGGGCGCCCGCCAGGGCCGGCGCUGGGGCGGCCGCGCCGCGCUGGGGCGGCCCGAGCUGGGGCGGCGGCGCGUCCCGGGCCGGGCGGAGCCGCCGGGGUGCCCAGCGCGGCCCUACGCGGUGGAGGCGGCGGGCGGGGCGGAGCUGCUGGAGGUGUGCUGGCGGCGGCGCUUCCUGCGCGGCGCGGCGGGGCCGCUGCCCUGGCGCGCCUACCUGAGCGGGCAGCACCCGGGGCUCGGGCCGCUCGGCGCGGCCCUGCGCGCCAACCUGGCGGCGCAGUGGUGGGACUCGGCCAUCCCCCCGCGGGAGCAGGUGUUCGCCGUGGAUGCCCCGCUCCACGGCCCGCCCGGAGCCUCGCGGGACGCGCGGGGGCUGCGGCUGCUGCACCCGGACACGCUGCGGGACGCCCUGCGGGGCUGCGGGCACAGCCCGGCCCUGGACCGAGUGCUGGGCACCGCGGGGGUGCUGCGGCAGAGCCUCCUGCCCGGUGUUCUGGCACAGUAUGUCAGCUGCUUAGAGCUGGUGAACAAAAGACUGCCCUGUGGCCUGGCUCAGAUUGGAGUGUGCUUUCAUUCCCUUCCAGAAAGUGAACAACCCAACGAAAACCUUACAAGAAUAGGCGAGAGCACCACGUCCUUGCUUGCAUGGUUUAGUGCUCCCAGAACUGCAGGACAGUGGCUCGAUUACUGGCUACGCCAGAGGCUCCAGUGGUGGAGGAAGUUUGCAGUAGGCCCAUCUAACUUCAGCAGCAGUGACUUCCACGAUGAAGAAGGCAGAAGAGGAUUUAAGUUACAUUACGAGUUUCCUUGGGGGACAGAAACAAUAGAAACCUUGAAGAACCUUGGUGAUUCUGAACUGUUACAGAUGUAUCCAGGGGAAAGCUCAAAAUUACUUGGCCGAGAUGGAAGGAGGAAUGUCAUCCCUCAUGUUCUGUCCAUGGAUGGGAACCUGGACCGAGGAGUCUUGGCCUAUCUCUUUGAUUCCCUGCAGCUGGCUGAGAACCCAUUAACAACAAAGAAAAAUUCACAGAGAAAGGUGCUGAAGCUCCAUCCUUGUUUAGCACCUCUCAAAGUGGCCUUGGACGUAGGAAAAGGUCCAACAACAGAGCUGAGACAGGUUUGUCAAGGACUGUUCAACGAACUGACAGAAAACAGAAUUUCUGUGUGGCCAGGUUAUCUUGAGACUGUGCCAGUGUCUCUGGAACAGCUUUAUACAAAGUACGAUGAGAUGAGCGUUCUCUUCAUGAUCCUGAUAACUGAUGCCACUCUGGAGAACGGGGUGGUGCAGCUGAGGAGCAGGGACACCACCAUGAAGGAAAUGAUGCACAUUUCUAGGCUGAAGGACUUUUUAACCAAGUAUGUGACGUCAGCCAAAAAUGUGUAAGCUGAGAUUCGCUGAAUAAAGGGAUUUUCUUAAGCUGCUGUGCCUGGAGCGCUUUCAGCGUUGUCGUGGACUCGGUGGUUUCUCUGCAAAUGGCUCUGCUAAAGUUGGGUGGUGAAUCUGUUUGCUGCCAGAUCUAGGCCAUCCAGGUCUUCCAGGUUUCCUUGGAAAGAGGGAAGAGACAUGACUUGUCCCUGGUUAGCAGGGCUGACCAUAUCCAGUAAAAGUAUUCCACCCUAAGCUAAAAAUUCAGCUUUCAUCUGUAUUGCUGACACAAUUAUGAUCUCUGCUGGAAAAUGGGAUUUUAUAUAAAAGGCUUCCAAAUCUUAAAUGUUUUAAUAAAUCAGUAUCUUUGUACUAUCUGUUUGUAGGAAUGUAUUUUAGUCACAUGGCCCCAGUUCUCCAACAUUGAAGCAACUUCAUCUUGCACUUGAUAAACAUAAAAAUCAGAAGUAAGUUAUCAAGAGUAACAGAGGAAUAGAUUUAAAUAAAUUGUGACCUUUAUACAAGCAUUUUUUGUGGAAAGAAAAAGGCUGUACGUAAAAUAUACAGGAUAUAAAAUGCUGGAAAAAGACUCUGAUAUGUGAUGACAUUUUUCCUACUGAGCAGAGUGGUUAAAAUCAGAUACAAGAGGUUGCAUAGAUACAGAAUUGAGUGUUUCUGAUCUUCUGGAGAUUUACAUGUUUAGAAUUGAGUGUUUCUGAUCUUCUGGAGAUUUACAUGUUUAGAGCUUGUUGAGUCACUGUGUAAAGUGCUUCAAGUGUGUGCAGCAAGGCCCGUGGCCUCUGAUAGUCAUCAGUGUCGUGAAACACAAGAACUUGCCUUAAAAUUUUCUUCUUGACUAAAAAUGAGUUCUUUGUAACAAUAAUUGCUGCAUAGUGUAAUUGUGUUAGAUAAAGUGCAAGGUCAGCAUAGUGUGA